AUAUUUCUUUUUUAUCUGUUAAUUAAAGAUAACUAGUCCAUUUGUAUUAAUGGCCUAUUCCAUUUUAUAACAAAGGGAAAUUUUCUUCUAUUUUCUUCUCUUGUUUUUUUUUUUUUUGGACACAUAAGGGACAAAGCAAAGCAAAUAUUUGUAGAAAUGAAUGUGAAGGGAAUAAUGGAGGGCAACACAAAUUGGGUUGUUAAGGAAGAUGUUGAUGAAAAUGUAAAUGAUUCAAUUUCCAUAGAAGAUUCAAUGAAUUCUAUUUGUUCAUCUUCUUCUUCAUCAGAGUUGGAUGAUCAAGAAGCAUCCUCUUCACCUUCUAGUUUGUCAUCAUCAUCAUCAUCACAAUCAAAUGGCCCUUUAUAUGAAUUAUCAGAGCUCAUGAACCAUCUCCCUUUGAAGAGAGGGUUAUCUAUGUUUUAUCAAGGGAAGGCACAGUCAUUCAGUUCUUUAGGUAGGGUGCAGAGCAUAGAAGAUCUUGCUAAGAAAGAGAGACCAAAUUAUAGAAAGAAAGUGAAAUCAUGCAAAAUAUUGUACAGUACUCCAAAGGCAACAAUAUCAAAGAAAACUUCAAGAGGACCAUGUGCAUCUCUAAUAACUAGAAGAGGGACUUUUCUUGGAGGGUCUAGACCUUCCUUUUCUGUACACAAAAACUUUUGAAAUUCAAUCUUCUUAGAGCUUUCUUUUUUCAUGCACAAAGUUAUGAGAUUUUUUUUUCAUCUCUCAUCACCUUUAGUUUUUGAUGCAGUGGGGGAGUUUCUUCAAUAAAUAUUUUUUGGGCGUCGAA